GGGAAGGACAAGUUUCUGGGCAUCCUGAACAAGUACAUGGAGAUCCACGGCACUGUGUACUAUGAGAGCCAGCGGCCCCCCGAGGUCCCGGCCUUCGUGAAGAACCACGGUCUCUUGCCGCAGCCUGAGUUCCAGCAGCUGCUGCGCAAGGCCAAGCUCUUCAUAGGGUUCGGCUUCCCCUACGAGGGCCCUGCCCCGCUGGAGGCCAUCGCCAACGGCUGCGUCUUCCUACAGGCCCGCUUUAGCCCGCCCCACAGCUCCCUCAACCACGAGUUUUUCCGAGGCAAGCCCACCUCCAGAGAGCUGUUCUCCCAGCACCCCUACGCAGAGAACUUCAUUGGCAAACCCCACGUGUGGACCGUCGACUACAACAACUCAGAGGAGUUUGAAGCGGCCAUCAAGGCCAUCAUGAGAACCCAGGUAGACCCCUACCUGCCCUACGAGUACAGCUGCGAGGGGAUGCUGGAGCGAAUCCACGCGUACAUCCAGCACCAAGACUUCUGUGCAGCCCCAGGCCCUGUCCCGCCAGGGGCCCGAGCCCCACAGAGUCCCUUCGUCCUGGCCCCCAAUGCCACCCACCUGGAGUGGGCCCAAAACGCCAGCUCGGCGCCCGGGGCCUGGCCCCCAGCGCACUCCCUCCGAGCCUGGCUGGCCACCGCUGGGAGGGCCUGCACGGACGCCUGCCUGGACCGUGGGCUGAUUUGCGAGCCCUCCUUCUUCCCCUUCCUCAACAGCCCGGACGCCUUCCAGAAGCUGCAGGUGCCCUGUGACAGCACCGAGUCGGAGAUGAACCACCUGUACCCGGCCUUCGCCCAGCCCGGCCGCGAGUGCUUCCUCCAGAAGGAGCCGCUGCUGUUCAGCUGUGCCGGUUCCAGCACCAAGUACCACCGGCUCUGUCCCUGCCGAGACUUCCGCAAGGGCCAGGUGGCCCUGUGCCAGGACUGUCUGUGA